UUGGAGAGCAGUGGGGUCUGCGGAAUGUGGAGCACGUAAACAAGAGAAUCUCGGGCCACGGUAGAUUAGCCAACGAAUCGGGUGGCCAGCAGGAUGAUACGGCCCUUUGUCACUCUGCUCUAUUUCCUGCUGACCAGUUCGUCCAUCGUUUUCACUGCCUGUGUGAAUAAUGUCACGGGCACCAGCUCGCCCGGACCCGGAUCCAGCACCUCGCUGACCAGCGGGCAUAUCCAUCGCACGGCGGCGGCCAUCGAAAGGGUCAAUCUGCUGUGGUGCUACGCCUGCCACACGAUGGAUGAUGGCGAGGCCUGCGUGGAUGUGGCGGUCAGGAACGACAGCGCUCUGAUGAAGAAGUGCCAUGGCGAGGAGUUCAUCUGCAUGGUCAAGCGGUUCUCGUACACCACCAGCACGGAGAACUCCACCAGUUCGCCCAAGAUGUGGUCCUUGGAUCGCAGAUGUGCCGCCAAUUGUGAGCCCGGCUGCAUCAUCAUUGGCGAGCGGACCAAACUCUAUGCCUGCACCUCCUGCUGCGAGGAGUCCUUCUGCAACACGGGUCGCGGUGCCGCCUCCGGGAUCUUCAAUCGCGAGGACACAGGAAUCGGCACACGGCUCUUUUGGCUGGCCGCCCCUUUUUUGGUCAACAUGUCGCUGGUGCUGUACAAACGUCACGCCGGCCACGUACUCCUCAAGCUGCAAUAGUUCUGCGGGUCACCUCACUGAAUUUAUGGGCGGCACUCAACUCCACUCAAUGCCAAAUCCUAGCUAAUCUUAGAUUUAUGUCUCCUGUAAUGUAGAUAGGCCAUCAUGUUGCCGUGUGAUAAUUAAAAGCUGGCCUCGUCACUACAGCGAGCUCACACCCAACCAAACCAAAAUCCAUAUUUUGCCUCUAGGCUAGUAUUAUUAUAUUACACUAUUUUACCCAGGAUAAAAAUAGAUUUCCAAAAAAGUUAUUACUACAUUUGCUUUUCAUUAAAUCUGCAUUUUAUUAAUUCGUAGUAAGCCAAAAAUCAUUGUUGAAAUUAAAAUUCUAAUAAUUGGAUGUUUGAUACUUAAAUUAGUUGGUUUUUUAUAAGUCUAUAAAAGAUUCUUUAUGUAUUGAACUCCUUUAAUGACUUUUCAUUAUAGUUUACGAUUAUCAAAAUAUCAAAAUUACAUAUUCUAUCUAAAGAUUGAUUUUAGUCAGAUUAUUUUUGAAAUUAAUCUGAUAUACCGAGCUAAUUAUAUUAUAUGCAAAAUUAUAAGCUCAUUAGUUAAAUUAAGAUCGAACAUUACAGCUUCCUUUGCCCUUAGCUAAUCCCUUUGUAAAUUGUUAAUAGAAUAAUUUUAAGCUCACCAUUAGGGUUCCAUGGCCGACAUCCUUUGGCCCCAAUGGGGAAUUGUAAUCCCGAUUCUGGUAAACAUCGAGGCCAUGAAUACAUGCAUUAAGCCCUUCAUUUGGCCCUGUGAAUUGCAUUACGUUUCCGAUUCAACAUGCCCAGUUUCCUCUGUCUGCAUCCGCAUUAGGAUGUGGGCGAUACGGGGAGAUGGGGUGGGGGAUUCUGUGGGGCGGCUCUUCUGGGCAGACAUGAAUUAUUUAUUGGACAAGCAGUCGCCGCAUCGGAGGAGUAUUCAUAAGCCGAGGGGGCGGGACGGGUGCUCUUAUCCGGCCUUGGGUGGGCGGCAGAUCCUGCUCAUCUAAUGGAGUUGCCAUUAAAAACAGAUACUAACAUGAGACAUGCUGCAUCCGUGUUUCAGUUCGUGGCCCUCUUGUUUUGUCCCUUCUUUCGGGUCUGGAAUGCACCACGCCCACUCAUUUGGGGCACACAUACAAGAAGGCUUGUUAAUGCCCAUGAAUUGCACACAAUACUUACACUUAGAAAAGAGUU